AUGUUGUUUAAUAUUAGGGUAGAAUCAAAAGGGCUCGCCACGGACAAAAAUAUUAAAAAUUUGGAUGCCCUGCAAAAAAGGUUCAUGCAGUCGUUGUCAUAUACUGCAGCUAUCACCAGCGUGACUCUCGGUGAUCUUAUGGGAUCAAAUGAAUGCAAGUCACUGCUGUAUAGGACUGAGGAUUGCUGCGCUAUACAUAUGCUUAAGGACAUCUCAAAAAAUAAAUUUAAAGUCGCUUCCGAGUCACACAUCGCCAAACUGCGCUCUGAGUGCCCUGAUAUCGCUCGAUUGCAGCGGCAUUUGGACAUAGCGUCAAGAAAAGCGUUGGCUCAGUCGACACGUGUAUGCAAGUCACGUGAUGCGCACUCGCGAUUCACGCCACCACGAAACAUGUAA